AUGAUAGAUUAUCAGCAUAGAGUUGGACACAAAACAGGUAGUGGCGCUCCGGCGAGCGCCCAUGACGUCGCAGCUCACCAGAGGGAGCGAUUGCGUAAAUUGGCCCUUGAAACCUUCGAUUUAAACAAGGAUCCAUACUUUUCUAAGAACCACAUGGGUCACGUAGAAUGCAGAUUAUGUCUUACAGUCCAUACAACUGAAAGUUCAUACCUAAGUCACACACAGGGCCGAAAACAUCAAAUGAAUUUAGCAAGAAGAGCAGCUAAAGAACAAAAAGACGCCUUUAUGACCAUCGCACCCAUUUCAAAGACUAGAGCUUUUAAGGCACCUACAUUAAAGAUCGGAAGACCAGGUUAUAGAAUAACUAAGAUGAGAGACCCUGAAACUAAACAGCCAGCAUUAUUGUUUGAAAUAGAGUUCCCAGAAAUUCAGGGCACACCAAAGUAUCGAUUUAUGUCAGCUUUCGAGCAGAAAAUAGAAAUUCCACCGGAUCCAAAUUAUCAGUUCUUAUUAUUCGCAGCCGAUCCAUACGAAACAAUAGCGUUUAAGGUACCUAAUCUCGAGAUUGAUAACGGCCCUAAUAAGUUAUUCAGUUACUUUGACGAUAAGAGGAAACUGUUCAUAUUUCAAGUACAUUUUAAGCUUAAAAAAACAUUUAAAGUUUUACCCGGACUACCACAAAGACCAACUAAAUUUGAUCACGUCGGACCAGGUCCCCAGUUUUAA